ACUAUUUGGCGUUACUUGUUGGAAGUUGGCGCUGGUAUGGACGGCUGAGUUGUUGAGAUUUUAGCACAAACAAUAAAAGGUUGACAGAACCUGCAGUGCUCAAGAAGGGAGUACAUGUAAGAAAUGGAGGUUUCCAAAGAAAAUAGGUCAGACACCGAUGCUGUCCUUCCUUUGCCUUAUUCUGUCUGGUCAGUGGAGCUGAAACUAACUCAUGUUGACUGUAAUCCUAACCAGCCUCUGGUACAUUUUCAGGGUCAACAUUUAUUGGUGUGUGAACUUGACUAUAAUAUUUUACAUUCUGAAAUACAAAACGCUGUUAAAAUCCAAGGAACUGCAGAGAUUGGUACCUUUUGUUUGGUAGAAGAUUGUUUUUCUGGACAGUGGUACAGAGGAAGAGUUCAUCACAGAUGUGGUAAAAUGUUUGACGUGUUUCUUCUUGAUUAUGGCAGCAUUUUAUCUUGUGAUGAGAGUCAUAUUGCAUCUGCUUCUGAUGAUCAUUUAAUUUUACCACCCAAAAUUGUGUGUGGAUUUUUUGCAAACAUUUUGCCAAAUGGUGAAACGUGGGAUAGCAUUGCUAUGAAGUAUUUUUCAAAAUUAAUUGGGCAAGAAAUCAAAGGAUACAUUCAAGCAGUUUUACCAUGCAAAGUGCUUAUACUGGAAAUACCUGACAUUAAGAAAGAAUUAUUACAACAAGGUUCUGGAAAGACAGUUGACAGGAAUACAUUUUUGGUUAUUGUGGAAAUGUUAACAGAGUUAUCAGUUAAAGACUGGAAACCUAUUCCCCAUCUGUUAAGUGAAAGAAAUCUUACUCAAAAGAAAAAUCCUGUUCAACAAGAUUCUUUUCAGGGUCUUUUAAAUAUAUUUCCCUAUUGCCUUCCUGAAUUGAACAUUGGUGAAAAGCUAAGUGUUAAAAUAACUGCAGCAUCAACACUUAGUUUGUUUUUCUGUCAGCUAAUGAACAAAGCAAGAGAUCUCGAAGUUCUUACACAGAAACUGAAACAUUUCUGUGAAUCCUACAUUGGAGAUUUUAAAGAAAACAAUAGUGGAAUCUCUGACCGACUAUGUGCAGUUAAAGGAAAAAGCAAUAUGUGGUAUAGAGGACUUAUUCAGCACGUUCUGCCUAAUGGCAAUAUAGUUGUUUUUUUUUUGGAUUUUGGGUAUUCAGACAUUGUAAAGUCAGAUCACAUUCUUCCUGUUGUAAAAGAUUUCUUUUCUGAGCCGGUGAUGGCUUUUCCAUGUACAUUGACUUGUUUAGCAGAACAAGAUGAAGAAUUACUGAAACUGCAGACUGACCAAUUAAAAGAUGGACUAUUAGGAGGAAUUGUGCUUGCUUGUGUGGAUCGUUUCAGUGUUGCUCAGAGCAGAUAUUAUGUAACUCUUUUUAGCUUACAUAACAGCUCUGAGAAAAAAAAUCAAGGGACUUUGUCCAUUGAUCACCCCAUUACAACUACUAAUAUGAAUACCCUUCCUGAAGUUUCACAUGUAUUUGAUUUAUCAAUAAAAAGACUUGAUGAUUCAUGCUUUUGUGAAAACAUGGAAUUUAAGGAGAAUUCUAGUUUUGUGGGAUAUAUAGAACAUAUUCUUCACCCAUCACAUUUCUGGAUGAGAUCUGAUGAUCGAAAUGCUGAGUUUGAAGAUAUGAUGGAAGAAAUCAAUAAUUUAUAUAGUGGUAAGGAGUUGGAAGACAAUAUUCUGCAAACCUUAAUUCCAGGUGUUUGGUGUUGUGCCAUGUUUGAUAAAGACUGGACUUACUACAGGGCUGUUAUUGUAGAUAUUUUUGAACAAGGAGCAGAAGUGUUCUUUGUGGAUUUUGGCAAUACGGAAAUGGUGCCAUUUAUGUAUAUUAAAGAAAUGCCUUGUGAGUUAUCCAAGAUACCAGCAUUUGCUUUUCCUUGUUCUCUUGCACAUGUGGUUCCCAUUGAAGAUGUCUGGACAGUAAAGGCAACAGAUGUUUUCAAAAAAUUAGUCAUGAAUAAAGUCCUCCUAGUGCGCGUUGCUUUGAUACAGAAAGAUAAAUAUAUUGUGGAUAUACAUGACAAAGAAAAUAAUAAAAUAAGUGUGGCUAGUGCAUUAGCCAUGGCCGGACAUGCAGAGUACUGGAAAAACACAACAAUAAAUGUAAAUUUUAAGGAAAAAAAGCAAAUGGAAAGCUCCUGUCAUCAUUUACAAAAAAAAGAGUUAGGUUCUAACAGUUGGAAAAAAACAAGUGAGAAUCUUCCUUUAAGGGAAGAUGCUUUGAAACAGCAAACAAUUCCUGCAUCAAAGAUUCCCCAAGCACAAAACAGAUUUUUGACUAAGCAAGAUGGGAAAAUGGUGUUACCAACUCAGUGUUUGUCUAAACAUAAAUUAUUCAUCAAGCCACUGAUUUUCAAACCUGGAAUGGUGGUUGAUGUAAUUGUGUCCCUUAUUAUCUCUCCUUUUGAAUUUUGGUGCCAGUUAAAAAAUCAGUCCUCUAAAUUUAAACUGUUAGUGGGUCAACUUCAGCAAUACUAUCGGGUUAAUAAUUUUGUCUUCCAGCCAGAUGAAAAUGUUUGCAUUGCAAAGUGCGCAAGGAAUGGACAAUGGCACAGAGGAUUUAUUACUCGCUACUGUGGUAGUUCAGUAGAUGUCUUUUUUGUUGAUCUUGGUGUAACAGAAACAAAACCAAUCUGUGAGAUUCAGGCAAUCAAACCUGAGUUUACCCAUCUUGAAGGACAAGCAUUUCGCUGUAGCUUUUAUUUACUUAUUGAGCCCACUGUGGACUUUCCUUACUGGAAUGAGAAUGCUUGUAAAAUAUUUAAAGAAAUGGUUGAAAACAGUAAUUCACUUUUCACAUGUACAAUACUUGGACUAGUAUCCAAAGGUAAAAUUUUGUGCUGUAUUGUAGAUAUGAAGAAUCAUUUUUUUGUUGCCAAUCAGUUUCUUAUUGACAGUGGUGUUGCUAGAAAAACUGAAAAUUUGUGUAUCACAUCUGCUUUUUUUCAUACUUACUUAUACUGUAGCUUUAAUUUGAUGCUUGGAAAUGAAGAAAAAGUACAUAUUACCCACGUGAAAAGUCCCUUUGAACUGUACUGUCAGUUGGAUAGAAAUUCACAAAUGCUUGAAGACUUAAUGUCAAAAGUCUCCAAAGUGGCCAGUGAACGCCAAAACCAAAGCAGUUCUGAUAUUCAGUGGAAACUUUGUCUGGCUUUAUAUAGUAGGGAUGGAUUUUGGUACAGAGGUUUGUGUCACCCAUUGCCAUCACCUUUACAUUUUAAUGUGCAUUUUGUUGAUUAUGGAAAUAUGGAGAUAAUAGAGAAGAAAAACAUUAUUCCUAUUCUUGCUAAAGAAAAAGAUCUGAUCUACACGCCUGUACAGGCUGUAAAGUGCUCCCUGUUAAAUAUUCCCAAAGGAGAAUUGAUACCAGAAGUGCUUGCCUAUCUGGAGGAAAAUAUUUUAAACAAAACACUAAAUGCUAUAAUUUCUGGGAAGGAGACUGAUGGAAGCAUUGUUGUAGAACUUUAUGAUGGAAAGAUACAGGUUAAUAAAAAGGUAAAGGAAAUAAUUGAUAAGAAUUUCCAAAAGUCUGAUUCGUUGAGGAGACAGUUACAUAAAAUAUGUAACAUUAAUCACAGAGCUGUACAUUUAGAAAAGUAUUGUACUUCUGAUACAACUAAAAUGAAACAAAGUCAAAAGAAUCAAAAGGUCAGUGUAAUUCGGACAGACAUACUCUGUAAAGCAGUCAGUGAGUGUAGCUUAAUGAAUGUUAUGCCCAAGAAGACUCCAGAAUUGGAAUGCACACAAAAGAAACCUCGCUUUCGAAAGGAAAAUAAGUAUACAGGUGUAAUGCAUAUUAACAGAGACUGCAAAUCUACAUGUGAAAAAGAGUGUAAUACCCCAGAGUAUUCUGACCUUCCAAGUAGGAAAUUUAACACUGGGUGGAAAACAGAUGCAUGCAUUUCUCAUGUAAACAGUAUUUUUGAUUUCUUUAUCCAACUUGCAAAGGACAAAUUUUCAAUUGUAAAUAUGGGGAAGGAACUCAGUGAUAGCUUAAAUAAACAGAAAGAGCACUUUGUUGGACAUGUCAAGAUUAAUGAUUUGGUAGCACUGGAAUCUGAGAAUCAUGAGACUUUCUAUCGUGCAGUUGUUAAGAAUUUGUCCUCUAAUUCACAGCUUCUUGUUGAACUUAUUGACUAUGGAAAAGGUAUUUUGGCAGAUAAAAGUAAAUUGUAUAAGAUUCCUUAUAAUUUUGUAAAAAAACCUAGACUAAGCAUCCAUUGUUGUUCAUUUAAAUCAGACCUUGUGGGUAGUGACUUCCCUUUUAGAGUAGAAAUACCAGAACAACCAGUCCGUGUCCAGUUUGUGAAGGAACAGGGUGAACGGUGGGUAGUAAAUAUAAACAUUACUGAAGCAGGAUUUCUCUCUCCCCAAAAUUCAACACUGCAGUCAUCCGAUUUGAAAAAGAAAAAUCCUGAAAACCUCUCCCAUCCUGAUGAUACUUUUCCAGCUGAACAACUUUGUGCAAAAGAGAAUGGAAAAAACAUUUAUAUGCAGGAUAUAAAUGUUUCUAGUGAAUUUGCUAGAAAAAAGAGAACAGAAUCUAAGACAGAUUUUUCAGUGAAACCGCACAUACAAAAUAUAAUUGAAAUUCCCUGCAUGGACUUAAAUAUCAAGCAGAAGGAAGCUUGCAUUUUGUUAUUUGUGCUAAGAAAUGGAGAUGUAUAUGCUAACCUUAUUAAGAACGAUAACUUUUCUUGGGUGACACCAUAUAUAAUGGAGCAUUUACAGAAAUGCUGCUCUGUGACAGUGGAAGAUGUAAGAGAGCGACUUCAUUAUUUAGGAGUACCUAAAACAUACGGAUUAUGCUACAGAGCAAAACUCAACCACAUAACUCUGACAGAUAAAGUUACUUUUUUUAUUAUCAAUUGUGAUGACAUUGAAUCGUAUUCUUUGAGCAAAAUAAAGCAACUACACAGUAACCUGAGAAGUGGACUCAAGGAAAUUAUUUUAUGUGAUUUGAAAGGCAGUGAACCUCUGAAAGAAAUAUCAGAAAUACUAAUAUCUCAUUUGAAAAAUUUCAGCAGUCAUCCUUUUGAGGCUGCAUUUCUUUCAGCUUUUGGUGAUCCUGUUGUACAACAGGUUAACAUACGAGUAAAUGAAAUGUCUAAUAUAGUAACACAACUUGCAGGUGCAGAAAGGUGUUGUCCUUUGCUUAGGUUAUUUACACCAUCUUACAACUUUGAAAAGAAUUUAAUACCAGAACCACAAUAUUUCUUUGAAUCUGUCCAGACUGACGGAGAGUACUUGGGAUAUGCAGCAGAGGCUGCACUUCCAUUCGAAUUUUACUUUCAUUUGGAAGACUCUUCUGAAAAAAUGACUACUUUAUACGCAAUGUUACAACAGCUUCCAGAGGAUUUACCAAAUUUACCAGCAAAGUUCAUACAUCAAGGAGUUCCUUGUCUAAUUAAAUGUGAAAUUAAAGGCAUGUGGUGCAGGGCUGUGAUUAAAGCCAUAUUUAGCACAUUUAUUUUGGUACUACUUGUUGAUUAUGGAAAUAAAAUCUUAGUAUCAGAAAUAGGUAAACUAAAGCAAAUUCCCAAGUUACUUGUCACAGUACCUUGUAAUGUAAUGCCAUGUUUACUUAAAGGUGUGGAGCCAGUAAAUGGGAUGAAAUGGAGAGAGGAAGCAGUUACAUUUUUUCAAGACUGUCUUUUUCAGCAACAACUUUUAGUUUGUUUUAGACAGAGAACCUGUAAGGGGGUGUGGGAAGUGGAUGUUAGGAUAAAUGAUGUUGAUGUAGCUCAAAUGAUGAUUGCUGCUGGGCAAGCUGUAUUUGUACAAAGCAAUUUUCUUCAGCAGCUUAAACCUAGACAGUUACAUUAUCCUGAACUAGAACAAGAGGCCAAUGAGAACAACAUGCUGAAACAGACUUGCCUAGCUCCUUCUAAAAAGCCUCAACCUCAAAAUAAGGUACCUAACUGUAAUAUAAUUUAGAUUUAGGCUUUAUUUAUUCAACAGAAGUAACACAAACAAUACAUUUCAUAUAUUAGCAAUAUUAUUGUUGAUCAGUUACUUUGUUUUAUUUGUAUGCAUUGUAAUUUAACCAGUAAGGACCGUGCACUUAAUUGUAAAACAAACUGUUUUUCUUUA